AUGAAGGGGUCGUGUAUCAAGAAAGCUAAAGUUGAUAGCACGACAAAGCCAAACUGGCUUGAACUUCCGAUAGGCUUGACAAAGAACAUACUUCAGAGACUUGGUACUAUUGAUAUUGUGACAAGUGCACGCAAUGUUUGUCCUUUGUGGCGGAAAAUUUGCCAGGACCCUCUAAUGUGGCGUACCAUUCACAUAGCUAGUGGUUUCACCAUUGAUUGUUUUGCUUACAUGGGGAAGAUUUGUCGCAGUGCCAUUGACCUAAGUAGCAGUAAUCUGGAAGACAUUACUAUUAGCUGGUUUGCAACUGAUGAACUUCUUGAAUAUUUGGCUCAUAGGUAA